AUCUCUCACCUGUGCAGUGACAACAGUGAAGAGAAAACAUGGCUUCAUUUCCACCAGGUCCUGAUUUGAGGAUUGUGAUGAUUGGAAAAACUGGUGUGGGCAAGAGUGCUGUUGGGAACACCAUCCUGGGAUGUGAGCGUUUCAGAUCUUGUCCUUUAUCUGCAUCAGUGACUGAGUUUUGUGAAAAAGGUGUGACACAGUGGGGUAACAGGGUGAUUAGUGUUGUAGACACACCAGGGAUCCUGGACACUUCAAAAUCAGACGAGUUCAUCAAAAGUGAAAUCGUCAAAUGUGUUGAAGUCUCCUGUCCCGGUCCUCACGUGUUCCUGUUGGUCAUCCAAAUCGGCCGAUUCACAAGAGAAGAGAAAAACUCAGUGGAAGCCCUGCAGGAGCUGUUUGGCCAAGAGGCAAACAAGUACAUGAUUGUGCUCUUCACCCGUGGUGGUGAUCUUGGAAGCAUGACCAUACAGCAGUAUGUACGUGAUGCUGAGCCAGGGCUUAAACGCAUCAUCCAAAGCUGUGGAAAAAGGUACCACGUCUUUGACAACACCAGCAGCGACAGAAGGCAGGUGGUGGAGUUGGUCAAGAAGAUCGACAAAAUGAUGUCAGUAAAUAAGGGCACCCACUACACAGACGCCAUGUUUAAAGAGGUGGAGGAAGCACGCAAAAAGGGAGUAACACUGCAGCAGUACAAGUUCACUGAGCCAUUGUGCAAACGUAUCAAACUUUUUCGCAUCAUUCUUGGGAAAGAUUAAAGUGUUGUUAUUCUACUGUAAUUAUUCUAUUCUGAAUAGGACAGCUUUUAUACCUACAUGAAAUAUACAGUUUGUUCAUGAUCGUACACACAGUGUGCAGGAUCAAUAUAUGUUGAUUUCCCAUAAAGAAAUAAUAAAGUAAAAUAUUUUUAUGUGACUUUAUCUUUUGACUUUGAAGAAGAAAGUAUUUGAACGUGAAAUAGUGAGCAUAUAAUCAUUGUUUUAUAAUAAUCAUAACAUAAGCUAUGCUAUUAAAGUAUUUAUUGUCUCUGUUGCAUCUAUUCUGAUUUGUAUAUGGGCAUCAAAUCAUGGUGGUUAUGUAUAUAUCAUACAUUUGGGAGACACAAGAUAAAUUUAGUCAAUUAAAUAUUUUGUGUUAAUUCGAGCUGUGAAUUGUUUUCUGUUUUAAACAAUGAUGACUUCAGUUUCUAUAACGGUGGCACUCUGCCUCUGUUUCACUCUUUUGUACCACCUUUAGAAGUCAGUCCAGCAACAGGCAUUUGAAAGGCAAGCAAGACCAGGUACUUUUCUUUUUAAAAAGCUGUUUAAUGAAACUUUGAAUUAACAUGGCAAGACUCGGUCGAAAGACUGUGUUGCCUCCAGCUUAUCCAACUCCCGAACUACGUAAUUACAGCGUGGCAGAAGCCCAAAAUACCAAAAAGCGCACUAGAAUUUCGCACUUCUAUAUUCUACCCUUUAACACAACAGUAUUUGGAAAUUAACUGGAAAUUACACACUUAUCAACAAAAAUCUAUAUUUCCUUUUUUAAACCAAUUAAACCAGCCUUUAAUUGGCUCUUACAGUCUCUAAUGAGAAGUUU